GUGAAGUGUGUGAUAAAGACUGCAGUUUACUUUGUUUGCUUUGUCAUUUUUUAUUAGAUACAUGUUUUUGUGAUUUAAUUUGUCCUCUGGAGUGAAUUAUCGAGUAGAAUAUAAGAUAAGUUAAUAAUACCAAAGAAAUUAUGUCUGCUACCUGAGAGAAGAGUGAUGAGCCGUAAGCUUAUGAAAUGGAUAACAAAAAGAGGCUGCUGUUGCAGCGUUACCAACAUGAUAUCAUCAAGGAUCUAGAAGUAGAGUACAUCAUCGACGAACUCUUUUCCAAGCAUGCAUUCACGUCUGACGACUUUGAAGAGUUAUUUAAAAAGAGCACUCGCACGGACCGGGCGCGGUACCUCAUCGAGUUGCUUCUGCAGAAUGGCACGAACGCCUCGUUCGAGGCUUUCGUCGAUAGCUUAGCGAAGAGCUACAACUGGCUGUGGAGCAAACUGUCUGUGGACAACAACGAGCCCGUCAUGAACGAGAGCUUCGAGGACAGCCUCAGCAGGGGCAACGUGCCUCGAUUACCGGACCAUUAUGUGAAGAGAACCGCUUUGGAAUCUGAGGUAGCUCAAAAAUUGAACCUGCUAACUCGCCACAAAAUCCUCGUUCUACAUGGUAUGUCCGGUUCGGGCAAGACCUCUUUGGUUAUCAGCGUCCUUCGGGAGAACUCGGAUCUCAUCAAUAACAAUUUCAAUGGAUGCGUCUUCUGGUUUAACUUGAGUAACUGCAAGACCGAAGAUGAGAUCGUGACUCAGCAGAACUUAUUAUAUAGAAAGGCUUCGUCGAUAUACACGCGGAACUCCCACAUGAAUUCCACAAUGUCAAUGUCGAGUUUCGGGUCCAAUAUGGAUUCUCAUUCACUAUCGAGUUAUGAAUGGACAUGGCAGGAUCUCAGGGAUCGGUUGAAGGCUCAGUUCGCUGAGCCGGUGCUUAAGGACGCGCUAUUGGUGCUAGAUGAAGUUAACGAGAAACGGUGUGUGGAAGCUUUCGAUAUCGGAUGCAAGAUACUGGUGACCACCAGAGAUUCGGAUGUGGUGGCCAAUUUCCAACCGCAGAUUAUCAAAAUAGAAAAUAGCCUUGAAGAAGAAGAAACACUCAAGUUACUAGCAUCAUAUCUAGACUUAGAAGUAUUUCAGUUGCCAAGGCAAGCUAAGAAGUUCCAUGAUGCCUGCAAAGGGAGUCCGUUCAAUUUGUCUUUGAUCGGUGCUCAGUUAGCGGAGAAUAGGGAGAAACUAAUACAUGACACUAAACACUGGAAUUAUUUCGUGAACAAGUUGGCGAAGAAAGAUUUCAUUUACUAUUGGAAGUCCAAUGACAAUCCAAUGAAAACAAUAGAGGUUUGCAUACAUUCCUUGACUGCGGACAUCUUGCCACUGUUCAAGACACUUGCGAUACUACCCGACAACGUUAAAGUGUCCGCCGAAGUGCUCAGUAAACUAUGGAAUAAAGCUGUUUCCGACGUGGAAAGCAUAAUGAAGAAAUUGCGCAGCAAAUCCCUAAUCAUCGAGACGUAUGACCACGAUCAGAGAAACUAUAUAUACGAAGUGCACGAUCUAAUCAUGAACUAUUUGAAAUCCUGCGUUCCUGAUGAGGAAAGGAAAAAACUGCACAGCGACUUCUUGAAGAGUUACCACUAUGACAGUAAUUGCCCUCCGUUUGAUAUAAUCGAUGAUGGCUACAUAGCCUUCUAUGUGGGCUACCAUAUUCUGAAUACGAAGAACUUGAACGAUCGUUGGAAGUUGUUCAAUAAACUGUAUUUGGAUCUGAAGUUUCUUGGCAACAAAGUGAGACUCACCGGUCCGGCCGAUGUCAUAUUGGAUCUUCAGAAAUAUGAAACGCACAUAGUUAACUGCGAACUCGACUUAAAUCUCCUCAACAGUGUAAAAGCUUACCUGAGUACCCACGGUAUUGACUUAUACCGAUAUUCGUACACAGACAUCGUUCAAAGUAUACUACAACAUGAGUCCAAUGGUUUACUCUAUACCAAAGCUUUGGACAUUGCUCAAACCAAUUGCUCAAAUAACGAACUUUACUUCGAAUUUACACAUGAACAAGACGUAGAAGAAAUAAGACAUUCCACUAUUGAUGUUAAGGAAAUGAUCACAUCUGUGUGCUUUCUAGGUGAUUAUGUUUUAGCCGGAACUGUAACAGGUGUUAUAAAGUUCUUCCACAUUCCCACUAACAAACUGAAGAAAGAGGUAUCGGGUACAGGCGUCUCAAUAAAAUGGGUCGGAGCUUGUCCCUCACAUCCGCCCCAAGUGGCCGCGCUUACUAACGACGGAUUCAUCAAACUAUGGUAUAUCGACGGCCUGGAACAAGACGAAAUGGAAGACGUCAUUGAAGAAGAAUCCGAAGAACCAUACAACAAUAACUACGCAAGCAACUGCACUAUAUCACCCAAAAUGGGUGCAUUCAUCAACUGCCGGUGGUCAAACAACGAAGAGACACUUAUCACCCACACAUCAAAGAUGAUAAUCGUAUACAAUUACAACGGAAAAGUGUUGAAAGUUUUCGACAAUUUUGAUAAGGAGCAAGACAUAUUGUGUUGCGUGCCUUGCAAUAACGAUAGGUAUAUAUUUGCUGCGGUGACACACAACGGGAAUAACAGUCUUGUAGUAAUAGAUCAGACUACUAAAGAAAAAGUGGGGUGUUUUGAAGAAACUGAUACGGUGCUGAGUAUCUUGACUGUACCUGGAAGUAAUAAAAUCAUAACACUCAAAUCUAAAGAGAUAACAGUGCACGAAUACAGAAUAAGCUAUAACAACAACACACGAAGCCACACAUGUAGAUGCAACAACCUACUCUCUGCCAAAGACAUACGGGACAAUUUACUAUUCCUCGCUAUAGCUGUGAACAAAACGGGGACUUUAUUAUUUGUGUCGACAAAUGACAGCCAAAUAAUAUGCGUUGAUCUCAAGACUAAUCUUCGCGCGUUCGACCUUGAAAAUCGACGUGGAAACGUAAUAUGUAUGGACGUAAGUGAAGUAGCGGUGUGGAAUGAUUUCGAACCGGGUUCGGACGUAUUGCUUACCGGUACGGGCACAGUCGAAAACUGUGCUAAAGUAUGGAAUUUGGACGCCUCUUAUGUACUGCAGACUACUCAGAAGAACGGCAAAGUCCGUUUGACCAAAAAGUUCGAUGUAAGCUUCCUACACCAUCAGUCGCCUCAAACUCCAUCUACAGCCUCGACUAGCACAUUACAGAGUGUCACAAACACCCCUCGUCGACACCAAUCCUUCAACCACACAGAAACGCCGAAACGACCCGUCGUUUCAAGUCUAAGCUUGGAUAGACAUGCACUAAAACCGCUCAACUUGAAGGGCAUUUGCAAUAACAACGAUGGAACGUAUCAACCACUUUUAGCUGUCGUUGAUGAUAAAAACAAUAUACAGGUAAUGCGUGGCAGGAAAGUUCUCACAGAAAUAAGAACUCAACUGGACGAAGAGAUUACCGCAGUUCUAAUAUCGCCGUGCAACCAUUACAUUAUCUAUGGAUUAACCAUGGGUAGCGUAAAGAGAUACGCUUUGCGAUCCAAAGAGACCAAAGUUAUAAUAGAUAUGUAUGAUCCAGUGCAAUAUUUGAAUUUUGUCAGUCCCAAUCUUUUGAUAGCGAGCAGUAAGAACGGUUGCUUCAUGGCUUAUAGACUCACAGCUGAUGGUAGUUGGAAGACCGAAAUGAUGCAACGUGGCAGAACCAAUUUAGGUUCGCAGGAAAUCCUCAAUGAGAUACAAGGUAUAAAGAAGAAGAGUCCCCCUCUACCAUCAGAGAUACUUUCUAGUUCAGGCAGCGAGACUAGUCUCAACUCUAAAAACAGGGUUUUCCACAACGGUGAUACCAUGGGUCACAAAUCACAAAAGCACAGUGGUCUAGUUGAAUGCUUUUGGGUGAAAGAUAUCGGUCUUUUAACUGUGGAGACUAAUGCAGUAGUGAAACUGUGGAAUAGUGAAGUGAAAUUAGUCAGUGUUAAGAACGCUAGGCAAGCAGAUGCCUAUGUGACUUGUGCGGCCUUCCAAAAGAAUAUUCUGGUUAUAUGUGAUGGGUAUAAGACAGCUUUUCAGACGUUUGAAUUGAAGCAAGGUGAGCAGAUAGAACUGAACCCGAUACAAGAUUACCGGUUGAACAACCGGAUAACAUCGUGCGAUCUGACGGCGGACGGCCUGAUUCUCGCCAUGGGACUCGAAUCUGGGGAAGUUGUGAUAUGGAACGUACCCGGCAAACGUCAAUUAAGAUUGCUCAAUCACCACAAGAACGCUGUCCAAUGGUGUUCGUUCUCGCCUGUUCCGAACAAACUGUUCAGAUCCGGUCACAAUUCGCCGAGCCCUCAAACUACUGUGGACAACGGGGACGAUGAGAACCCGCCAUUGGUACUCGUCACUAUGGCAUCAGAAAUCGUGUGGUGGAACGUCACUUAUAUACUAAAAGUUCGCGCGAAUAAAAGCUACUGGAGAACCGGCCGUAACGUAUUGACGCCAGUUGCUAGUCCUAUGGACAAUAAGAACGAGCUCACGGAAUCCAUGGAAGGAUUGAGAUUGGGUUCUACUGGCUGCAAUUUCUUCUUCGGAAACGGUGUCUCUGCAGAACAAGAGUGUUGGAAAGCCCUGUGGAGAAAGAAAAAGUAUAAAGAAGGCUCAAAGAAGAAAGAAAUAUUGGCGUGCAUCAAACUGUCAGGUAUGAACGCCAAAAAGUUCUGUCACGACGAGAAAUUCGGUUGUUUCGUCACUGUGGACAAUUCCGGCCACGUUCACAUAAUGAACGUAAUGAAAUCAUAACGAUGCCAUAACUAGUGAACUUAUACUGCCAUAUGUAUUUAUACUACUUAUACGCAACCUUAUUUCGUUUUCAUAGAGGCGAUGUUUGAGUGAUCCAUAAAUUUUGUAGUAUAUAAUACACUGCCAUAAGUAUUUAUACUACUGAUUCUUAUCUUAUUCUGUCUUCAUGGAGACGACAUUUCAGUGAUCCAUAGAUUUUCGUGAUCGUAGUAUUUUUUAUACAGACAGUGAGAAUUCUAACAUUAAGUACACUCGUGAACCAACGUGUUUUGAAUGAACUAAAGAUUCAUUUUGAGUAUGACUGAAUUUUUAUAUAAUACAUUUGUACUCAAAAGGAGACGGUCCAAAAGUGGUAGCCGGUUUCCGGCAGCGACGAAACAUAAAUCAUUUGAAAACUUGUUUUAUGUAAUAACAUGUACAGAUAUUUAUAUUUUUUUAUUUUUCUGCGAUUAAUUCUAAAGAAAAUUUUACUAGAAAAAAUUCUACGCAGACCAGGCAGCAGACGGGAGAUUCUUUAAGAUUUAAACAUCUAUCUACAUCUAGCUAAUAUAACUAUCUCCGGUUAAUUUUAAAUGCUGUCAUAAAUAACGUCAUAUUUUUAGCAAUUUAUUAUAGUCAAUCCGAUAUUAGUGAAAUCAUAGUGAAAUUAUUAUACCAAUUUUUGAUUGGUUUUUCUUGAAAUUCAAUAUCCACAAAAUACCUAAUAACAUGAACGGAAUCAUUACCACUGCUUUUCUUGCGUAUUGAUUACAUAAAUAAAUUUGCCAAUUAUCAAUCAAUAACUAUGUCAUUUAAGAUUAUAAUAAUUAUUUUAAAUAAGCGAGUAUAAACUAAAUUGUAGAUUUUUUUUUCAAACCAUUUAAAAUUCAAUUUAUGCAUGUGUCAUAAAAAUUUUGAGUCUGCCAGAGACUGUCUACCACCAUCCAUACAAUUUUGAACCGUGUCUUUUAUCUUCAAGACAAACUUAAUUUCUGUUUAAUUACCAUUAUGUUUUAUUACAAAAAUGAAUAUGCAGUAAUUUUAUAAUGAAUAUUUAUUAUUUACUGUAUAUUCAUUUUUUGGUCAACCUGUAUUCGCAAUAAAAUUUAUUUGAAUUUGAAUUUUGAAUUUGGUUGAUUUAAAAUAAAACCAUAACACUGUAUUAUGAUGACGUAAGUCAAAAAUAAACAAAUCAUAAAAUAUGCUCUAGAAUUAAAAAGUUUUUAAUGGCUAGUACCACAGUCAUCGAGAGAAUCUUGGCAACUCUCUUUUGGAAAUGCUCAAUAUUUGUCUCCUUCACUCACAUCAAUGUAAGUGAACACUUUAUGAACUUGUAUUAAAGAUUGAGUCUUUGAUUUUGUGUCUCAAAGAAGUGUUUCUUUAAUGGAAAAUCAAAUAAGACUAAGAAAUGAAAAUGAUGAGAAGAGUAUAGACUGAAACUUUACAUUUUGC